UUAUCUAUGGUGGUCUGUCUGCUGGCCAUAUUUUCAAAGUAAUUUAUGAACGUUUUGAAUAGUGUUUAUAGCAUAACUAUUUAAGUUGAACUAGAAAUUCAAGAUGAAGUUACUAACUCAUAACAUGCUUACUUCGAAAUGUAUUAAAGGUGUAAAUGUUGGAUAUCCUUUGACAAUAGCGGCCAAAGAUGUGAAGGUAUCAGAGCUGGACUUCAAUCAAGAGUUUGUUGCAAGAAUCAUCCCCAAAAUCGAUUGGAACACACUCUACAAUGCAGCUGAAGGUUUGGGCCAUGCUGGAGAUUUACCAAAAAGUAUCAUUGAUGAUUAUGAAAACAAUGAAGAGUUUUUGAAGAAAGUUCACCAUGUUUUGCUUGAGGUGGAGGUUAUAAACGGAGAGCUUAUUUGUCCUGAAACUGGUAGGAAGUUUCCAAUAAAUUCCGGAAUCCCGAACAUGUUGCUGAAUGAAGACGAAGUAUGACCUCCGGCUCCUCUGCCUUUUGCGCAGUCAUGAAUUCAACUGAUUCAUGAACUCUACAAACUCAUGAACUCAAAAAGAUUGUGAAUAGAGUGUAGUGAUUUGGGUGAUGUGUAUAUAAUUUACAAUUUUUGUUAUGAUUUAGAUAAAUAGGCUAUUAGUUUUUAUCCAGACUUACCGUAUCGGUAUUUAGUUUGGAAACAAAUAAGAUUCUGUUUAUGAUUUGA